AUGCAUUUGUGUAUUAUAGGGGCAGGCCCAGCAGCUGCCUACUUCAUCAGGGAGUGCAUGGCCAGGUGCAGCAGAACCACUUUCGAUAUUUUUGAGAUAUCCCGGGAGACACUCGGAAAUUUAAGGAAAGGAGUCGCACCCGACCAAGUCCGCAUAAGAAAGACAAUCCCUGGGUUAGAGCGAGUAUUCACAGACAGUAGAAUAAACCUAAUUAAAGGAGCAGACAUAACCCGGAUAAUGAAAGUAUCUGAGAUAGAGAAGAAGUACGAUGCAGUGAUUAUUGCGACGGGUGCUGAGCCCAGGAGAGUGUCGGACAUUCCCGGGUGCGAGCACGUGCUUAGUGCCAGUGAUAUACUGGGGAGUAUAUCAGCGAACGAGAAAGUUCUAGCGAGUGGGACGGUCGCUGUGAUUGGGAAUGGGAAUGUGUCACUGGACAUUGCACGGGUACUUUUACACGGCCGGGAUAUGGGCCAUCCUUCAUUAUCAGAAGUAUCUGUGGCCUCUGUUGAUUUAAUAGGGAGGAGUUCUCCUGAACAGUCUAAAUUUACAAAUCCUGUACUAUCAAAAUUUUUAUCAUAUCCCGUUAUGGUAAUUAUAACGGAAAAAGUAAAAAACUGGAUUAAAAAAACAAUCACCCCAGAACAAUCACGCGCACUAAAAAGGAAAGCACUUCUUCUGUCGAGUAAUCAAGCACCUGCGCGUAAAUCAGCCAAGUUUAUUUUCAAUGAAGUCCCAGUGAGUGUAGAGAGGUAUGCGCCAGACGGGUCGAAUAAGCCCGGUGUAUGGCCGAAUAACCCGAAUGUACAUAAUGUAACUAAUAGUGCCGUGAAGUAUAAGCUAACCACAAGGGACCGUAUUACUGGAGUGGAAGCAGUCCGUGUAUACGACAGGAUAAUUUCAGCCAUUGGGUACGCCCCAAUAAACACGGAUAUUUCAGGUAUGUUAAGGGACAUAUCCAUUCCCGUAUACAGGAUAGGGUGGGCACGUACGGGUGGGACGGGUACACUCGCAGAUGCGUACACCACGGCAAUUAACGCUGUAAGUAAAAUACUUCCGUAUAAUACGGGUGGACUAGAAUAAAUUCGGGUUAGAUCGGGUU